ACAUUUCCAGGUGAAAUUUGUUUUACUUGGUAAUCAUCAAGAGUAGAAUAAACAGCUACAAGGGCACUUUUCAAACUCGUCUUCCUCAUUUUGGUACCGGUGGGUCAUUAUAAGAGCAGAUCGUCGACAGGGAGCAAACCAUGCCUUCGCACGAAGCUGCUAGCUGGGCUGACCAAGUUGAAGCCGGAGAGGAAGGAGCUCUGCCGCCGUCGUCAGAGAAAAUUGAAAACAAUGUGAAAACUGUAACAACCUACAAGCGCAAUGACGACGGGAAAGUUGUGAGGGUCACCCGUACUUACAAGAUUGAGAAGAGGCGCGUACCCAAGGCGAUCGCCCAGCGCAAGCAUUGGAAAAAGUUUGGUCAGUCUGCACAUGAUGGCCCAGGUCCUAAUGCAACAACUACAACAGUCGCAGAUGAUGUGUUCCUUACACUCACCACUAACCGAGAGCAACUCGAGACACAGGAUGAUGACAGCAGCAAGUCCAAGGGACUGAAGCAAGCAGUUACUUGCCGUAUUUGCAAGGGAGAGCAUUGGACCACAAAGUGCCCGUACAAAGAGACGCUCGGAGAGGCUCCUGUCAACAAGGAUGCUGAGGCACAGCCCGGUGACGCAACCCCAGCAGCGGCAGCUGCCGCUUCGCUUCCUGGUCAGAAAUACGUUCCGCCCUCCCAGCGUGGAGACAGAAGCGCGACUGGCGCGUCGAUGGGACGUGGCAGAGACGACAAUGGUGCUGGUGUUCGUGUUAGCAACUUGUCGGAAGAGACCACAGAGCAGGACCUGCAGGAGCUCUUCAAGCCGUUCGGAAGAAUAUCUCGUAUCUACUUGGCCAAGGACAAGAUCACCGGCCAGUCCAAGGGUUUCGCUUUCGUCACUUACUACGACCGAGAUGAUGCCGCUCGCGCUAUUCGUGGCCUUCAAGGCUUUGGCUACGAUCACUUGAUCCUCAACUUGGAAUGGGCAAAGUAAAAAAUCUCCUGAGUAUUGCAAAUAAACGUUUGUAACAUUUUA